UCAUUCAGCAAUAGUUAUUCUAUUUCAGAAUGAUACCUGCAGGUAUUCUGCUGUUGUUGUCAGCAUUGGCCCAGUUAGCGACUGGCAAUCACAUGUUUACUUCCCAUAUAUACAAGAAUUUCAGAAAAGAUGUUAAAGGAAGCUUGGUUUUCAGUCCCUUGGCAGCAGAAACCGUACUGGGAGCUGUCGCUUUGGAAGGAGCUUCAGGACAAACAAAGAAACAGAUCAUUGACAUCUUAGAAAACCCAGAUUCGGAGGAAGCGUUCGAAGAAAUAACUUCAUUUCUGUAUCAAUCAACACCUGGCAGUUUUUUAACACCAGCUUACAAAGUUUACGUAGCAGAUGAUUAUAAAAUAAAUAGAACAUUCACCAGAAAAUCAAAGGAUAUAUUCAACGUUGAAACGCAGAAUGUGAAUUUUGAAGAUAGACUCAAUACAGCAAACUUGAUAAACUCUUAUGUGGAUGAACGUUCUAAUGAUCGUCUGCAAAAUCUUAUCGAACCCAUUGAAUUGGGACCUCGAAACAAGAUUAUUCUGGUAAACACAUUGUAUCAAAGUGCUAUUUGGAAACACCCUCUCAUAUCUGUAGAAAAAGAUAACUUUUUCACUUCUCCCAAUGAUCCUGACAAAAUCGAAUAUCUAUCAGCAAUUGCAGAUUUCAGGGUAUUCCAUUGUGGACAUUUGAAAGCGAAAUACGUAGAGCUACCUUUCGAACAUUUCAAUAAGUCCUUCGUAAUCAUUUUCCCAGAUCCAGACAACAAUUUGACCAACAUUGAGGAGCAUAUUUUCGACUACUUGGCUCCUCACACACAUGACUACUUAGAACAUGUUGGGCCCGUCUCUGUUAAAAUUCCUAAGUUCAGCACGACGAUCAAGCUGGAUUUCAAGAAAUAUUUACAAGCGAUAAAUGUUAAGAAACUCUUCAAUCCUGGAGAAGCCGAGUUGCCUGGAAUUUCGGAUAAGAAAGGACUAUAUGUCAACUCGAUUCCUCAAAAAGCAUUCAUAAACAUCACAGAAAGAGGAAAUGACCCACCAGAUAAUGGUGGAUGUUUAC